GCAUGAUUUAAAGUUCCUUCAGUAAUAAGAUAAUGGAAAGACCAAGAGGCAGAAAGAACUGACAGAAAGUUCUCUACAGGUUUAAAUAUCUGAUUUUGAAUAAGCGAAAUAUCUAAGAUCCCUUGAUAUGUUGGGACAGUGUGUAUUGACAAUUGGAUAGUCACCCAACUUGAAGACAGGUUUUGGACAGGGUGUCAUGAGCUCAUAAUGCCUUCACCGAUUGAUUAUUGGGGACAGGAAAAAUGACAGCGAUGCAGUAAUGACACAGGUUUCUCCUAUUAAUGGUGACCUUCCGCCAUCUUAUAAUGACGUGGCUGGGCGUUCAGGUACCCCGAGUAACACACUUCAGACCGCAGGAAUCGGAGGAGUGUGGUUUACCCAGAACAGAUCCGCGCCUUUGAAUCCACCACCAUACACAGAUACACUCCCAGGAUACGAUGAUAGUUUUAUAAGUCCCCGAGACCUUCCGAAGUAUUAUAGAUCAUAUGAUCAAGCCCAUCAACGCACACGGAGACACAGAGGUAUUUCAACGGUUCGCACCAGGACUGCCAACAGUAAGACGAUCAUCAUUGUCUUUUGUGUUCUGACGAUUUCCCUUCUUAUAGGACUAAUUAUUGGACUCAGCUUUAUGUUAGCAGAGCGAACAUAGCAAAACCUGUUAAUGUCUGAUGAUAUCGUUACGUAAUAGAAUUUCUUGUCUGAAAUUCUUCCUGUAUGUUCAUCAAAUUCUAAUAGAUUAUGUAAGGUGAUUUGGAGAAUAACUGAUCUGAAAAUGAAUGCAUUGGAACUGUUCAUGAUUUGGAAUAAUGAAUUAUAUAUGACUUCCAGUUUAUUCCCGAGUGAAUCAAUGUCAAUUUUUCUCCUGCAGACAAAGCAUUUUUACAUACUUAGUUUUUCUGAAAGAUGUCGGUUCUGCAUUUUUCAUCAGAGAGGAAACUGUGAAACAAUGUGCUAAUUAAGCUUUGAGAAUAUUGUGGGUCAUGGUUUGAUUUUCUGUAAAGAAAAAAAUCAAUUAUCUUAUCAAGUAUGCUGAAUAUGUAUAUUUUGAAUUUAACUCUAAUAAUGUUUCGUAGGUUUUAGAUGGCGACAAAUUCUUUGAUAGUAAAACCAGGUAUCAAAUA